AUGACUACAAAAAACAGCGAUGAUAUCACUGCGUUUCUAAGGCCCAGCGUAAAAUACCCACCAAUUGCUGCAAACUCAUCUUCAAAAUCGGCCAUUUACGUUCCGACUGCUCCUCCUGUAGCCACUUUCAAGGAGCGUAUCUUGAGAAACUACAGCCGAUUUUAUGCGUGUCAGCGGUGGGGUGGUUACAGUGCAAGAUUUGCACUCAAAGGGUUUUCUCCUGCGCAUCCUUUGUAUGUAAAACGUGCUGAGGAAGGUGCUGUGGGUCUCGCCUGCUUUAUUGUUCGUCUGGUUGCUGUCAAUGCACCAAUCUCAGCAGAGACUCAAGAUAAGGUAGCACAGUUAUUCUUGUCGCUUGUUCCUCCUUCGUCCGGUACCAUAGUUGCCGAUCCCUUAGCUUUCGCUCGUCGGUUUUCUAACGAUUCGUCUACCAACGAGAAGACUAAAGUCUUGCUAGAGUGUAUUAUCAAAGUUCUUAAUAGCAGCAAUUAUGCACGACCACAGCAAGCUAUUAACGGCGCACUUUGUACAAAGUUACAUGAUGCCAUUAUCAGGCAAAAGUGCCAUUCAGCCAACAAUUAUGGAAUAAGCAAAAAAGCGUAUUUACUCUAA